AUGUCCAUCAUUCAGCAGCACACCUCGGCCUCGCUCGGCGACGCCUGGCGAACCAUCAACAUCGAUGCCCUAGACCCCGACUCCUCGCAGAAUUUUGACACCUCGACCUUACACCCGCCACUCCCCGAGAUCAGCGAGGCUGACGUCCGGCAGCUUAACGGCCAAAUACGCCAGCUGCUUCGUGGCGGUGACGCUGAAGGUGCUCUGAGAGGCAGCCUCGAGAGCCCGGUGUACAAUGGCAGUGAUUCAGCUAAGGAUUCCCACCUGCAGACCGUGGUAGAGGUCCUGCAAUCGAUCAAGGCGAGCGAGAUGACACCGAUGUUACAGCGAAUCUAUGGCACAGAAGGCGGAAGCGAAUUGUUGGAUGUAUUGAUGAAGUACCUAUACAAAGGUAUGUCAGGCGGUGGAUCAGCGAGCAGCGGACCUCGGACCGCGGCCCGGAUCUUGACGCCGCAGCCCACGGGAUUCAGCCAGAUCGGCUCAAGACCCGGGACUACAAACGAGUCUACGGGUACGGCCAUGAGCGUGCUGCUAAGCUGGCACGAGAAGGUUGUCGAUGUUGCGGGCUUGGGUAGCAUAGAGCGAUGUAUGACAGACUGGCGAAAGGUUUAG